GAACUUGCAAAUAUGAAGAGAUGGAGAGCCAGGUCACGCUGACGGAAAAGGAUCUCCUAGAGGAUGGGUUCGGUGAAACGCCGUUUUACCACUGCAUCAUCGCUGAAACUCCAGGAGAGAGCAGCAGCGACGAGCCGAACGUUGUGGGCUUUGCCAUGUACUACUUCACCUAUGACCCCUGGGUGGGCAAGCAGCUGUACCUGGAGGAGUUUUAUGUGAUGGAUAAAUGCAGAGGGCUCGGCAUCGGAUCAGGAAUCCUGCGGCACCUCAGUGACCUGGCCAUGAAGACUCGCUGCACCGGCAUGAUGUUCGUGGUGGCGGAGAACAACGAGCCGUCGGUCCAGUUCUACAAGCGGCGCGGCGCCGAGGAUCUGUCCCAGGAGGAGGGCUGGCGGCUCUUCCGGUUCGACAAGGACAGCCUGGUCAAGAUGGCGACGCCAGCAGAGGAGUGACCGCAGGGAGGAAACCCGAGGUCCAAACCGAGGCCCAAACCGACCCAUCGUCUCGGCUCUCCACUCAAACCGGCUCAUUUCUACAAGUUCAGCUUCCAAACAGGAAAAUGUAUCAACAUUGUGAUUCUGAGUUUACUUCUAGUUUAUUAAAAUGUUAUUCUGCUUAAUGUUAA